GUUCAAAUUUUCAAUACGAUAAUGGUGCGUGAAAAAGAGACGGUUGCUAAAAAAAAAACAGCGGCACCGUUGACUACGAAUUUGAGUUGUUGUGCAUGUGCUUGUGCAAUUGGGUAGCUUGUGCCGGUGAUGAUUGAUGAUUUGCUGGUAAGAGAAAACUGAAGAAAGAGAUGAGCAACUUAAACACUACAAUUUCGCCAAACAUAUACAGAAACAAUUGGGAAGACCUCCCUAAGGAAUUACUCGUGAUCAUCGGAAAACACCUCGAAUCUCGCAUCGACGUCUUCACCUUCCGUGCAGUUUCCACUUCAUGGCGCUCCGCCGUCUCUUUCUCCUACCGUCAAAAUCAAUCUUCACUCACUCUGCCUCCGCCAAUCAACGCCACCGCCGUCUUAUCUCCCGUCACAAUCUGCCGCCUCGAACACCAAACACAAGGUGUCGCCUGCUUGGUUAAGGUUGUGGAAUCAACCUCCGGCGAAUUGCGGCUCCGAAAUCCACUCUCCUCUGAUCUCCCAAUCAGACAAUAUCCCGGUAAUAAUAACAAUAUUCGUAAGUCUCUGAACUUAUUAGAUUUCCGAUUAAUUGAAUUAGCAAGAGGUUAUCGUUUGAAUUUUACAACCAUACCCACUGGUUCUACCAUCACGAAAGCGGUAUUGUUCUAUGGUUGUGGAAUUCUAGCAUUGUUCGAUUCAAGGGAAUUAGGGUAUUGGGGAUUUGGGGAUGAAAAUUGGACAAUUUUGAGUGAUGAAGGAACUUAUUAUGAUGAUAUAAUGUGUUAUAAGAACCAAUUUUAUGUGAUUAAUAAUGUUGGAAUUGUAUAUUGGAUUGAUAGAUCUAGGAAUCUUGUUCAAUAUGCUCCCCUACUUUGUGGGUUUGGUCACUUGAAAAACUUAGUUGAAUCUGCUGGUCAUUUUUAUGUGGUUGAUUCUUAUUUGGAGGAAGAAGAAGAGGCUAUGUUUGAGGAGCCAAGGGUCGGAUUAUGUGGUCGUCGUACUGUGAACAUGAAAGUGUAUAGGCUUGAUGAAGAAUGGGGUACUUGGGUUGAUGUAGAUUCAUUAGGAAAUCGAGUUUUUGUGCUAGGGAAAGAUGUUUGUUUUUCUGUUAGUGUUGAUGAUUUUCCGAGUUGUCAAGGGAAUUGCAUAUAUUUCUUGGAUCCUGUUCUGGAAUUUGUUAAUGUAAGAAGGACAAUUAAACGUUUCGUUGGUCGUGUGUUUCGGUUUGAUAAUCGGAGUAUCAAGAUGGUUGAGUGUUUCCCUACCUAUAAGAGGUUGUUCUCCCCUUCCAUGAACAACUUGCCCUUGUCAAUUUCAGCAUAGAAACUCAACUCCAAGUUUAAGUUCUGAAUUUUCAACCUCUUUACCGAGCGAUUUCCUUCAAUAUUGUUUGAUGAUUCGUAAAUUCUCAAAAUACGCUACUUUUUCACUUAUUUCCCAUUUUACCGUCCACGUCAGCAAGAAAGCCGGUCUAAUUUUUUUAUAAAAUCUACGAUAAACCGCUAUCUGAAACAGCGGUUUAAAGAGGUAAACCGCUAUCUGAAAACAAACCGCUACCAUUGAACCGGCAUCUGAGAUAGCGGUUUGGUUCAACGUUGAACCGGAAAAAAAAAUACUUUUCUUUCUCCCUUACUGACGUGGACGGUAUGGUGGGAAUUAAGUUAGAAAGUAACGUAUUUUGGGAAUUAUUGGAUCUUUAUGCAAUAUUGAAGGAAAUCGCUCUUCUUUACCAAUGUUUUUCAGGUAUUUGUGUAAUUCGGCUUUAUCAAACCAUAUGUAAUUUCGAACUUGUCUAUUAUACAUUGUUGCCUUGCAUCAUUUAAUGUUUGAACAUUGUUGUAACUCUCAA